ACCGUGGUUACUGAACGCAUCGAGCGUGAACGCCAUCAUUUGGCGGGAAAUUACGCGCGCAUUGACAAUAUGAUUUUUUAAAUUACGAAUUUUGUUGAAUGAAUUGAGGCUGUGGUAUAUUUUUUUUUAAUGAAACAAUUAUUUCCAUUGCCUUGUUAUUAAAUAAAAUAUGAUUGGAACUUUUUAAAAAAAAGUGAAAUAUAUUUUAUAUGCAUUUAUGUCUCAUAACACCACGGGAUAUUGGCUUCAAUAAUUUAGAUACCAACUAAUAAAAUAACGUAUACUAUGGUGCAAAGAACUAUUUAUAAGCACGUGCCCUUUUAAUGUGACAUUUAAAAUGAAGUUUCUGUUGUUUUUAAUCUUGGCGCGCUACGCAGUGCGAUGCGACGAUGAAAGCAAUUAUUACGUCAUCGAGUUGCCCGAAGACGUGCCGCGCGACUACAAAAAGCCCUUCCGAGUGUAUUGGAACGUGCCCACGAUGCAGUGCAAAUCGAAGAGAAUCCCAUUCGACAACCUGCACGAGAAAUACGGCAUCAUACAAAACAAAGAUGACAGCUUUCUCGGCGAGAGCAUCGCCAUCUUGUACGACCCGGGCCUGUUUCCCGCGCUUUUCAAGAACGAGAGCAGCGGCAAAUUCAAAUUUCGAAACGGCGGCGUUCCGCAAGAGGGCGCACUCGAACUGCACUUGGAUGCGUUCAAGAGCGCCGUGUCACAGAGUAUACCUGACCCAGAUUUUAACGCCAAGCAAAGUCAGGCUGCUUCGCUAUACAUAUUAAAACCAUUUCAGAGGACCAAAUUUUCCAUACACAUAUUGGGGACAGAGUUGCAGUACGUGGCGGACGUGUUAAUUAAAUGGGAGAGAUUCUUUCUACAUCUGCGACCCGAUGUAAAAGAUCUGCGGGUAGUUUUGAUAAGCCCAAACCUCAACCCAUCGAAUUUGCCACUGGAUCUUUUGAGGAAUGCUAAGUUAUGUGAACAAUGCCGCACCAGCAAUCGUCGUCUCCUAUUCAAUUUUGAAGACAAGAAGUCGUAUUUAGAUUAUUACACUAGUGAAGAUUUCAUCCUUCCUGAUUUUGUGUGCGCAUUCAACCCGAGCAUUGAAAGAUCGUCAAUAUAUGACGGUAAAGACCCUUGGCCAGCCACGCUCAAAUGCAUCGCAAAAUUAAAAACUCCGUUCCUCAUCACAGCUUACAGCCAGGAGGAGCUAUCUAGAGACCUAUCCAGGAUCCAAGGAUGCUGUACCUUCGAUGUUCUAGCUCAGCCGAAGCACAAUAACUUUGCUAGUAUCAGACCUGAUAGGAAUUUUAUAACUGACGACGAGAUGCCAUUGCUGUUUAAGAAUUACUGUUUCUCUGUUGUGUGUGGUGUAUAAAUCUUGUUCUAGAUUUUUUUUUGAAAAAGUUUUUAUAAUUUCGCAGUUUAUUGUUUGAUUUUUUUUUGAACUAUCUUUGUUAUGUAUCGUUCCUUAUUCAACAAUCAAUUUGUUUUUGUAUUUGUUACUAAAUAGAUCCGUGGAUUUGAUUUGAUAGGUGUUUGCUUAAAUUUGUCUUAUUUUAGAAACUGUAGUGGUCGCUUCCUGUCUGUGGACGUCAGCGACCAUUUUAAUAGGAAGUACUUAUUUGAGAACCUGCCUAUUCAUUUAACUUGUGGAACACUUUCGUGUACGAAAUAUGAAUUAAUGUAUGCAUUAUUUAUUGUUAGUAAAUAACGUUAGUAAAUAAUAGUCUUGUUUUUGAUUUUCACAAUAAAUUGAAC